AUGAUAACUACAGGCAAUAUGGGAUGGUUGCUCUUCAUCUGAUAGUCGAUCACUGGGCAGAAACAAAAAGACAUGGAAAGUGCAGAAGCUAAUAAUGGUUCAUGUAGCAUUACUGGGUUUACUUCCAUUACACGCAUGGUAUAAUAUAUUCAAUCGAAUUUCCGAGGGCUUGAUCUUGCGUCCUUUAUACAUACAAUCCAUACAUUGCUCACCUUCAAGGGCUCAUCUGCUGUCUUUAGAUGACAAGUGCAUGACUCCCAAGUAUUGAACUGUCAUUUGUCGAUGCCAUUAUUAUAUGUAAUAGUGACUGGAACCCACUAAAUGAUCAAAAGGCUUUCAAAGAAUCAAAAUAGAGUCACAACUUAAGUAUCCAAGCAUUUUUUGCUUACACACUCCUUUCACAAUGGAGGAGAAGUGGUCUGUGCUUGCAAAACAGGGCAUGCUUAUUGAUAAGUGAUAACUACUUCAAGGAUAUAACACAUAGCAUAAGCCAUUCCUUGAUCAGUUGGGUGCAUCUUAUAUUAAUAUCUCUUCACUAGACUAGUAGACUUGAUGAGCUUAAGCAUGACAACUGUGCAAGUAAAAGCUUAUGUAUAAAGUAAUUUCAGAGCUCUUGACAAAAUAAACGACGAAUGUUGUAGGCAGCACCAAAAUCGACUGUACAUGCAUAUCAGAAGCUAAUAUCAGCUGGAAAUUUUAGUCAGAAAGAUUACUGUAAUAGGUGAAAAAGAGGAAAUGUGUGAAUUAGAUGGAGAUCCAUCUAAUUUCUGGUUAACUUUACUAGAGGGAAAAUGUGUGGAUAGUCGAACUCGCUCUCUUGCCACGACUUUGACUCACGAACUCGAGUCGGAUUCAUUCAGUGCUGACUUUUUUGAGGAUCGUUUGUGUUGGAGCUAUAUAUCUGAACCUCCAGAAUCAGGCCAUAAAGUCUUGCAGAACAUAGAAGAACCAGCCAAAGUCCGUGCUGACCAGAAGGAAGCGUAAAUAGGUUGGCGAAAUCAAAAUCAAUCUUCAAAAGGUUCACCUGACAAUAAACACGAUGGUAUGUUGCCUAAAAAGUGUUCUACUUCGAGUCUUGCUCUUCAACCACUGGAUGGCAGUAUGGCACACAACGAAAAUUAGGGGUGGAAAAACGGAUAAGCACACCCAAGAAUCUUCAUUUCCAACUAAAUAAGCAAGACUUGUCAGAACUAAUUAUGGCCCUAAAAUUGCCGGUAUGAAUUUUCUUAAUUCUGCUACUUCCUCUUUUUACUUUUUCUUUCAUCAUGGCAUGCUAUUGUCAGGAUGCAUCGAAGUCACCUUUUUAUGCUUAGAAUAUGUUCUGCUAAUGUACAGAAGGUUACACAAAGUGUACAGACUCGUUAUUAUCUGCAUGCAAAAACAAAAAAAACAAAAAUCCCUAAACUGAAUCUUGUCUUGUACCUGAAUGAAACUGAUAAAAAAAAUGUCUAAAUUAACUACCAGUUUGUGCCCACAACUACAUCUGGCAAAUAUUUCAAUGUGCAGUUAUUGUCACACUCAUGAGGAGAUCGAGAGGGACGAACUAGCUAAAUCACGCAUAUCUCACAAGUAAAAGGGGGAAGUAGGAGCCCCGUCUAGGGUUUGUAUUGCUGUAAAGGUAUAAUUGUGCUUGGUAGAGAUAAUUCUCAGAGAUGAUCGAUGCCAUUACAGAGAGGGGUAGCUGGCUUGUAUGCUCAGCUGGCCACGGUGAAAAGGUACAGUCCGGCAAUUGAAACGAGGCAGUAAAAGUACAUAACGUUCUGGUGAUCAGGCGAGCAUCGUGAGCCGUUGGACCCCCAGAAUGUCUUGAAUCUUGGCCGCCCGUUAUCUGAAGACGGUCGACAACUUGGGACUGAAUCUGCAGGUGUGGUAGUACCCACCACUUGUCGAUAGUUUGCUUGAAGAAGGCUGGAAAGGUUUUCUUGAUAAACGCUGCAUCUUCCCAGGAAGCUUCAUCCGGCGGCAAAUUUGCCCAUUGCACAAGCCACUGGACGAUGGAGAGAUUGUUGCGAACUACCUGACGAGUGUCUAACACCAGAACAGGUUCAGUUUGGAUCAUACCAUCAGAGCGAACGAGCGGAAGAUCAGCACAAGGAAUGGCCCGAGGUCCGAUAUGCUUCUUGAGUUGACUGACGUGAAACACCGGGUGGAUGCUAGUAGAAUCAGGUAGCAGCAGUUUGUACGCGACACGUCCCACUUUGGCAAUUACUCGGAAGGGGACCGUAAUACUUACUCACAAAAAAAAGGCCUGAGCAAUAGUCUGAACUGUGAAUGGGUGAGACAAAGGUAUGAAGUGGGCACCUUCUCAAUCUCGAAUAUUUAUGGCCCUUGUGCUACCUCGGACAAGCAAGCCUUUGCCAAUGAAUUACUUCAGCUAGGUCAAUCUGUCUCCGGCCCAUGGGCGCUUAUCGGUGACUUUAACUUCACUCUCAGGCCAUCUGAUCGAUCCAAUGAUAACUUUGACCACUCUGAGGCUAAUUUCUUCUCCUUUGUGCUUAACCAAAUUAAGCUUCAGGAGCUUCCCCUGCAUGACAGGUUAUAUACCUGGUCCAACCAACAGACCCCUCCUAUACUCGUUCGUUUAGAUAGGGCUUUCGUUAACACCGACUGGAGCUUCCUACUACCAGACUCUUCCCUCACAUCCUCUUGCUGAACGACGUCAGAUCACGUUCCGUUAGUCCUCGCUGCUUCCUCCAAAACUCCUAAACCUUCCAUUUUUCGUUUCAAAAAUGGUCUCCUGCGUUUCCAGGCUUUCAAAAAUCUUAUCACGCAAAAUUGGAACAGUGUUCCUUCCUCUCAGAACUUGGCCUCUCUAUGCCUAAAACUAAAACGGGUGCGGGCCGCAGCCAAGACUUGGGCUAAGAAGGCUAGGUCUCCUCUGGUGAUCACCAAAAAAACUGUAAAACUGUCAUCACCUUUCUCGACAAGAUAGAAGAAUCGUGCACUCCGUCCACCCUCGAACGCUCCUUGCGCACCCAAGUGGCUCUCUCGCUGCAUCGACACAAUGCUCUCUCCGCGACUUACUGGCGCCAACGUGCCAAAAUUAAGGACUGUGCCCUCGGAGAUGAGAACUCAGAGUAUUUCCACCUUUGUGCCACGUAAAAACCAGAUUAAGGCCAUCACCGUAAAUGGCGUCGAUGUUUCCUCUCACUCUGGCAAGCAUCAGGCUCUGCGUGAGUACUUCAAAAAAAUAAUCGGCUCUCCAACCGCCUGUAACAUGCCCCCCAAUCUUGAUGAGUUGGUUUCAUCGUCUCGUCUCAAUUCGUCUCAGUCCAACGCUCUAUGCGUGCCUUUCACCCUAGAUGAGCUCAAGAAGGCUUUGCUCUCCAUGAACGACAACACAAGUCCAGGCCCAAAUGGCUUUGGGCCGGCUUUUUACAAAGCAAACUGGGACCUUGUUAAAAACGAUCUGAUGCAUCUUUUAUUUUCUUUUCACUCAUGCACCACCGACCUUACACGCAUUAACAAGUCCUUUAUCGUUCUCAUUCCUAAAAAAACCAGGAUCUUCUGAACCAGAUCACCUUAGGCCGAUCUCUCUUUAGAACUGCUCCGUAAAACUCUGCUCCAAAUGCCUAACUAAUAGAGUUCAACCAACCUCGUCCACCCCGACCAAUCUGGGUUCAUUAAAGGACGUAACAUUGUGGAAAAUUUCAUCCUUGCCGCGGAUAUUGUCCAAGUUUGCCACAAGCGGAAUUGUCCGGCUAUAGUUCUAAAAUUAGACUUUAAGAAAGCCUUCGACUCAGUCUCCUGGAACUGUCUGUGCAAGAUCCUAAAGGCAAAAGGUUUCCCAGACACUUGGAUUCAUUGGAUUAUGAUGUUAAAUAACUCCAGUCAAUCGGCCAUCCUGCUCGACGGUGUCCCCGGGAAUUGGAUCCAAUGCAAAAAUGGUCUUAGGCAAGGCGAUUCUAUAUCUCCUUACCUAUUUAUUAUUGUUGCCAACAUCCUGCAACGUAUGAUUCUUUAUGCCUCCAACCAAGGUCUUCUGCAACAUCCAAUCAUCACAAACGCCCCCUGCCCGAUGCUUCAGUAUGCCGACGACACUCUCAUUAUCAUCAAGGCCGACCCCGACCAUCUAGCCCACCUUAAACUUAUUUUACAUAAUUUCUCUUUGGCUACUGGGCUUACGAUCAACUUUGAAAAAAGCACGUUCGCCCCGAUCCAUGUAGACCCUCACUCUGCUACGCUUAUGGCAUCAUCUCUAGGUUGCACAGUAGCUUCUUUCCCUCAAAAUUAUCUCGGCCUCCCUCUAUCUACGCAUAAAUUACGGCUGCUAGAUUUCCACCCUAUGAUCGCCAAGGUAGACAAACGGUUGGCUGGUUGGCGAGGACACCUUCUCUCUGCUGCAGGUAGGGCGGUCCUCGUCAAGUCUGUUAUUCGUGCCCUUCCCACCUACGCCAUGAGCGCUAUGCUUCUUCCUGCCGGCACUAUUCUAGAGAUCGACAAACGUUGCCGCGCUUUCUUUUGGGCAGGUGACGACACUGUCAAUGGGGGACAGUGUAAGGUUGCUUGGGAUGAGGUUUGUGCUCCGAUUUGCAAAGGCGGUCUCGGUUUCCGUUGCCUACGCACCCAUAAUAUUUGCCUCCUCCUCAAAUCGCUAAGUAAAAUCCACUGCCCAGGCAACGCCACCUGGGAGACGUGGCUUGCUAACACCUACGGCUGGGCCGGUGGGCACUACAUUGGGGACACCCAUAGGCUACACACGAACGUCUGGAAAGAUCUAACUUCCGGCCUUCCCUUUUUUCGCUCAAUCACCCAUGUCAACAUUGGCAACAGCAUCUCUACUGCCUUCUGGCUGGAUCUCUGGAUCGGCGCUGUUCCUCUAGCCUUCCACUUUCCAAAUCUCUUCUCACACACCACCAAACAGAAUGUCUCAGUUGCGUUCGUGCUAGCUGAUGUGGACCUACGUCUCUCGCUACAGCCACGUUUAUCCAACGCUGCUAACUCCGAACUUCAAUCCUUGCGAUCUCUAUUAGCCACUGUUAUCUUAAUGCCGCAGGUGCCAGAUUCGCGUUUAUGCAGGAUUAACGACAAACCCCUCACUGUUGCUUUUGCAUAUGAAGCGGCUUUUGACUCUCGGCCAGAGGAUCUGUUCGCAGACUUCAUCUGGGGAAGAACUAUGCGACUAAUCGAUGCAGGUUGUUUCUCUGGCUCGCACACAAAGGGCGUUUGUUCACCAACGAGCGUCAACUCCGAAGAAGCCUGUCAGACUCUGACGCCUGCCCGUUCUGCUCGGAAACUGAAUCAACUUCCACAUGCUGCUACACUGCCCAACGGCCUCUGAGGUCUGGACGGUCGUCGACUCCCUAAACUUUGAUCCUGCUGAUUGCGAGACUAUACACGACCUGCGAAAUCCACAGCUUACAUGCAAGGCACGCAACACUGUCAUCUUGGCUAUCCACUGGAGUAUCCAGAAAAGAAGAAACGCCAAAAUUUUCCGGAAUGAGGUGGAAUCCUUGGGAACUGUUCUCCGUCGUGCUGCUUAAGAAAUAUUCUUUUGGUCAAACAGAUGUGCUAAUGAGACCCGGAAACAAAUUCUGGUCGACUGGGGGAUUAUGUUGUCCCGUCUGGAUGUAGCUUAGUCCCUAGCUUUUAUUUUUCUCCUUAACCCCCCCCCCCCCCCCCCCUCUCUCUCGCCUCUCUGUAAAUACUAUGUAAAACCAAAUCAAUAAAAUGAGUUCAGGCUGGCCUUGCCUGCCAUAGUUCCCUCAAAAAAAAAGUGGGCAAAUUUGGAUAAUCUGUCGACCACUACAAAUAUAACAUCCUUGCCAUUUGAUUUUGGAAGGCCCUUGACAAAGUCCAUGCUCAGGUGGGUCCAAACCAUAUCAGGUAAUUCCAGGGGAUCUAGAUAACCAGGAUAAGAGCAGUUUUCUCCCUUGUUCUUUUGACAGGUUGGACAUUCUGCCACAAAUUUGUCAACAUCUUGCUUAAGACCAGGCCAGUAAAAUAUGCCCUUGACCCUGCGAUAGGUGGCUUUCAUCCCUGAGUGGCCCCCAAGUGCGGAGGCAUGCAAAGCAGUGAGGAGUCUGGCUCUUACAGCAUUAUCAUUGCCAACAUAAAUUCUGCCCUUAUGUCUGAUUAUCCCUGAAUGCAGAGUGUUCUGAUGCAUAGAGUGGUUUGGAGAUAAGAGCAGUUUUUCUAGGAUAGAUUUGCAAGCAGGACCAUUGCUGUAUGACUGCUCCACUUCAGAUAUCCGCUGUGGAGUUACCAUUGACAUGGCCAUAAGAGGGCUUUUUCUAGAAAGGGCAUCUGCAAUAAUAUUCUCUUUGCCCUUCUUGUAUUGCAGUGCGAAGUUAAUUCCAGGAGCUUCAGCAUCAGUUUGUGUUGGAUGCCAGUUGUUAAUUUCUAGUCUGUCAUGAAUUGCAGACUCUGAUGAUCUGUUCUUAUGAUGAGAUCAUUUCCCAGAAAAUAAUGCCUCCACCUCUUUAAUGCAGCAAUGAUAGCCAAUGCCUCUUUCUCAUAGGUUGAAAGAGCAGCAUUCCUAGGGCAUAGUGCUGAGCUGUAGUAGGCCAAAGGUUUCCCAUUCUGCAUCAUGAUUGCCCCUAAUCCUACUCCUGAAGCAUCUGUUUCCAAACAAAGGGUUCAAUAAAGUUUGGAAGAGCUAGUACUGGAGCAGUUACAAGAGCUUGUUUAAGUUCCUGGAAGGCCUUUGCUUGAGAUUGUGUCCAACAGAAGUUGUCCUUCUUGAGAGCAUCAUGGAGAGAUCUUGCAAUUGACCCAAAAUUUCUCACUAACCUUAUGUAAUAUCCACACAUUCCCAAGAAUCCUCUGAGCUGUGUUGUUGUGGGGGCAGGCCAAUUAGCUACAUCAGCUACUUUGGAAGGAUCUGUAGAUACGCCCUCUCCAGUAAUAACAUGACCUACAUAAUCCACUUGUUUGACAGCAAAGACACUCUUGGAGAGCUUAGCGAACAACUGGUGUUCUUGGAGUAACUGCAUCACUAUUUGCAAGUGUGUCACAUGUUCAGAUAGGGAUUUGUGAAUGUCAUCGAAGAAGACUAACACAAAUUUUCUGAGAUAAAGGCCAAAUAUGCUAUUCAUGAGGGCUUGAAAGGUGCCAGGGGCAUUAGCAAGUCCAAAGGGCAUCACCAGAAACUCAUAAUGGCCAAAGUAAGUCCUAAAAGCUGUUUUUGGAAUUUCAUUUUCAUCCAUCCUAACCUGAUGAUAGCCAGAUCUGAGAUCUAAUUUGGAGGAAUAAGUGGCUCCAUGUAAUUCAUCCAGUAAAUCUUCAAUCACUGGAAUAGGAAAUUCUUUUUUGAUAGUGGCAGCAUUGAGUUUCCUGUGGUCAAUACAUAAUCUCCAGGUUCCAUCUUUCUUCAUGACUAGGAUUGCAGGAGAGGAGUUAGGACUUUCACUUGCUGUUAUGAUCUUGUCUCUGAGCAUCUUGUCUACUUGUCUCUCCAAUUCAUUUCUUUGCAUGUGAGAUACUCUGUAUGGUCUAGUGUUAGGUGGGAUACGUACCCCCUGAGUAUCAGGGAAUAAACGAUUUAAAACAAUGUCGACGCUUCAUGGAUACUCGGCAGGUGCGUUUGGAUACGGCCCAGCCCUGUUAAGAGGUAAACUAUGCUCCAUCCUUUCACGCGGCAGCCCAGCUAGGUCAUCGAGCUUGAUCCCCGAUGGCAGCUCAACGGAUGAGGUCGGCACAACCUCCCGAGGUAUUUGUACCGAGCCGUUCAACCGCCAGCCGUAGGUAAUCUCACUUCCUCUUCUCUGUUCUCCUCUCAUGAUCUCAUCUCCUCGGAUCCUCUCCUCCUGCUCAACCUAUCGACCUAAGGGCACCAUUGUGGAGCCAUCUUACAGUAUUGCUCCUCUGAUCCUGUCCUAUGGAUUUCAACCUACCAGCACAUUAUUUUGGUGAGAUUAAAAAUAGUAAAACAUAUCCCGGUAUUGGCGCUUAUCCAAAAUGGUGAAUUUACGUAUCCGUAUCGACCCGAUACUAAUACACAUAUCCGUAUCCAUGCACUCUAGACAGCAGGAAAUUGUUGUAGAACUUCUUCCACUUCAGGUGGCACAAAUUGUUUUUCAGGGACUUUGAGUGUUGUAUCUCUGAUAAGCUGCAGUAUAUAACCAGGAGCUUCCUUGGACAGUAACUUGUCAAUUUCAGAUGCAUCAAUGUCUGUGGCAGAUGAUAAAGUGUCACAUGCUAGUAUAGUAACAGGAGUUCCUUUGUUCUUCAUAACAGUGAUUUCUCUAGGAUUGUAGUGGAAUGCAACUGGGCUGUGUUUAGCCAUCCAGUCACUUCCUAGUACAAUAUCAUGCCCUGGAAGGUCUAGUACUCUGAAUUGUUGCUGAAACUUUGUGCUGCCAACAGUAAAAGUGGUGGUGGGGACAAAGGAACGAGACCACAAAGGAUAGAGAUAUUAUUCACAUUGUCAGAUUGCAUAGCCUGAGCUGAGAUUGUCAUGCAUUGCUCAUCUGUCUAAGGUUGCUCAUUGUCAUCUUGUUCCUCAAAUUGCUGAGUGUACUCUGUUACAGAUAACUGGUGUUGUUUGAGAGAAUGGAAGCGCUCGGUCAAGUCAUAAGAACUGGAAGGAGAGAAUCUAUGCAGUAAUUCUUCACUGAAUUGUGACCAAGUGAGUUUCUUCUUGAGUAGUCCUGAUCUGCGAAGCCACACAUCAGCUGGUCCAGUGACAUACAAUUGUGCAAGAUUUACUCUGUAUUCUAAUGGUGCACCUGCCAUUUGGAAGAAUUUUUCACACUGUCUGAUCCAUCCUCAUGGGUUUUCACCAUCAAACUUGGGAAAGUCCAUCCGAGGCCCUUUUGUGAUGGAUUUGAGAAACUGGAUUCUCAUUUCCUCUUCAUAUCCUCUGUAAUAGUCUUCCCAUUGAGUUCUAACUGCAGGUGGUUGAAAGUUGUGGAAUGCUGGGGUGUGUGGUGUUCUGAUAGGUGCCAUUGGGGUGGCAUUACCCACCCGAGGUGAUGUCCUGGUAUGAUGCCUGACGAAAACCUGGAGGUGCUUGGCGCCUACUGGUGUUGAUUGGUGGUAAAUUGUGUGGCACUUGUGUUCCUAACACUCUGGUUUUCUCCUGUUCUGUCUGCAUUCUCUUCCUAAGUUCCUCUGUAAGUGGUCGAACCGGAGGAUGAGACCUAUCCGUUGCUGCUGUAGUCUUGAGGGCUUGCUCUGUUUCUGGUACUGCAGUUUGCACUGGUGGAGUGGAAGUAGUUGCCCCUUGUGAUCCAAAGGAUUUCAGGAUAUCAGACAUGGCUGAUAACUGGGUAGUGAGAGCCGAGACCGCGUCCUGAGCUCCUGUCAUCACCUUGAAGGAAAUAUGUCCUAGAGGCAAUAAUAAAGUUGCUAUUUAUAUUUCCUUAUAUCAUGAUAAAUGUUUAUUAUUCAUGCUAGAAUUGUAUUAACCGGAAACUUGAU